UAAUAAGAUCAUAAUUUUUAUCUAGUGGAAAAUCGGGCGCGGUUUAGCUGACAAUUGGUCAGACUGCGAUUAGAGUUAGUCUAGUUAUUUUGUAAUCGCUUUUUUCGAACCUGCUUCCGUCAUGUGCCGCGGCGCGCAGCGAACAAAUCUUUCAAAAACCACGUCUUCCCGAAUAGAUGCGCAAGACGUCCGCACAUAUAUUUUGGACUGACAGCUGCAACGGGGAAAGCGGGUCUUUCCCCUCUCUAACAUGUUAUUGUGAAUCCGUUGUGAAUCGCAACGAAGUCUUGUCAUAUCUGUCAAAUCGAAGUGCAUGUUUCCAGUUUUUGCGUGUGUAAUAUCUGCAAUCAUGACUUACUGUCUUGUAAAGAAAUGCGUUAGCGCAAAUUAUCUUUCUUACAUGUUGAUACGUGUUCAUCCUGUAAUUUGCAUUCAAAAAUGUGGCUACGCUGAUAUAAACAUAAAUUUAAGCAAUGGACCAAUCAGUAUUCUAAAACAGAAAAUAGUGAAAGGUGAUUUAAUGAAUGAUGUGCACCAAAUGAAAGUAGCACAGACUCUGCAGAGAAUUUAUCACGAAGUGCAUGAUUAUAAGCCACAGCAGUUAAGUCUGUUGGAAAAAUGGUUUGGUAGCAAGAGGAGGGAAGCUCCGAAAGGCUUGUACAUUUAUGGAGGAGUGGGUGGAGGUAAAACAAUGUUGAUGGACCUAUUUUACAAUUGUUGCCAGAUUGAGAACAAAAAAAGAGUACAUUUUCAUUCCUUCAUGUUGGAUGUGCAUAGUAAAGUGCACGAGGUAAAGAAAACUAUUGUAAGAGAUGCCAGUAGUACAAAGUUACAGCCUUUCGAUCCGAUACCUCCAGUUGCAUCUAGUAUCGCAGAAGAGACUUGGUUAUUGUGCUUUGAUGAAUUUCAGGUUACUGAUAUAGCAGAUGCCAUGGUAUUGAAGCGAUUAUUUACAGAGCUUUUUGAUAAUGGGGUGAUAGUAGUUGCAACUAGUAAUAGAUCACCGGAUGAUUUGUACAAGAACGGACUGCAGAGAGGAAACUUUGUACCAUUUAUAAAAGUGCUGAAAGAUCAUUGUUCGAUAAGUAAUUUGGACUCCGGAAUAGAUUACAGAUUAAAAUCAGGACCUGGAAAUAAGAAAAUAUACUUUAUAAAAGGCAAGGACGCGACAAACGAUGUGGACAAAGUCUUCAAAUAUUUGUGUUCCAUGGAGAAUGAUGUGAUACGACCACGAACGAUCUCUAUAAGAGGACGAAACGUUACCUUUCGAAAAACUUGCGGGCAAGUACUGGACUCUACAUUUGAAGAAUUGUGUGAUAGGCCUCUUGGAGCUAGUGAUUAUUUGAAACUGAGUCAAGUGUUUCAUACAGUCAUAAUAAGAGAUGUGCCACAGUUAAAUCUACGGCUGAAGUCUCAAGCUAGGCGAUUUAUUACUUUUAUUGAUACAUUAUAUGAUAAUAGGGUACGGGUGGUUAUGUCGGCAGCUGUACCACAUACGCAACUGUUCUUACCAGAAAGCGAGUCUGAAUACAGUGAUGAAAAAAGAAUGCUGAUGGAUGAUUUGAAGAUUUCACAUGGCUCGGAGGAUCACAAAUCAAACAUUUUUACUGGAGAAGAAGAAAUCUUUGCAUUUGAUCGCACUGUGUCACGUUUGGCUGAAAUGCAGACCUCACAGUAUUGGGAACAGUGGGAGCACCAUAGAUAAUGGUAGUCUUAACUAGAGCAGCUAGAUUUAUGUAACUCUAUAUAAAUCUAUUUAUUUAAGAUAAAAGUAUUAAUGAGAGAUGUAAUUUUUAUCUCACGAUCUCAAAGGCAAAGUCACUUAAGUUUUUGUCAAGUAUAUGUAGUUUGUUCUAUAUAGUUUUCAUGCCUUGUCAGUAUUUUAUUCCUUUUUGAAU